UAAGGAUGGUCCUCCCCAAAGUCGACGACACCCGCGGGGCGGCGGCGGCAGUCAAGCGUGGGCGAGUAUUGACCAAGCUGCAGGAUGCCGCUGGUGUGAUUGAAGCGAAUGUCGCGGCGUUGCGGGGGCUGGAUCUGUCGAAACUGCCAUACAUGGACGAGAUGGUGCCAUACAGAGCUCGCCGGCACCCUGAAUCCCUGAGCACCCUCGCACGAUGUACAGCCUAUACUAUCCGCAAAAAGACCCUGGAGCUUGAAGCUCAAGCGUCACUCGCGCACGACCACACAUUUCCAGGCUCACCGAGUGCGUCGCCCCGACGGUAUUCGCGGAAGCGCCCUUCCCACCUCCACUCUCUCGUUCGUCCAUCCCCGCCAUCCGCUUUGAGCACACCGGAGCCGCUAUCUGUUCCAUGUGCGUCCAACACAGCGGAAGCCAAGAGGACAUCCUUCCAAGUCACCUAUCGAGCCACCCCUCGGCCACCCCAAUCGCAAACGCCGAGUCCUCUCAAACCUGUCAUGUCCCCCGCCCAUGAAACACGUUGUGCCCAACAGAACCGGUCAUGCCAGAUGAGUAAACCCAAUCGGAAACGAAGCCACAGCAUGCCAACCAUCGCCCGACGCCGUCAUGGACGUUCCUCCGAUGGUCCCUUUGCAGUGGCGUGCUGCCAUCCGACGCACAUCGUGACGCAGUUCCACGGCCAUCUCAGCGAUUACAACAUCGAAGGGCUGAUGGCGGACACAGGAUUUUCUCGUGCAGAGUUGUACACGAUGUGGUGUCGAUUCAAAGCUCUGUGCUCGCUGUCCAAGUCGCCCAAGGGAGUCGACCUAGACACGUUUCGUCGGGGGGUGCCGCUCCUCUCGAUCGAAGACACGCUGUUUGUCGAUCGCGUGUUUUCGAUCCUGGACGACGACAAGUCGGGCAUCAUUGAGUGGCCGGAAUUCAUUCGCGCAAUGUCCGCGCUUGAGAAAGGCGAUGUGCGCGACCGCAUUCGGUUCCUCUUUCAGGUGUACGAUCUAAACUGCGACGGAACCAUCGGCCGCGACGAACUCAUGACGUUUUUCAUUUCGAGCCUCAUGGUCAACACCCCCAACGACGACCUCCACGAAGUCACCAAGCAGUUCGUGGAAGAAAUCUUGUUGAAGCUCCACCCCACUGGCAGCGGCGUGGUGUCGAGCAUAGACGUGAUCAACUACAUCGACCACGCCCCGCAGGAUGACAUUUUCACCCUGUUUGGCCGCACCAUGCUCACGGAAACCGAUCGUCGACGCGCGCAGGAACAGCACAUGACUGGUGCUGCGUUAGACGACGAUGGAGACGACGACCUUGUUUAGCUCGACGCCUCGUCACUGAACUGUCUAGUGGCCGCCAUCGUGUGCAUGGUGACGGAAAAGCUAUGCGCUUCAAGUUGGCUUUAUCAUUGCUGUGCGAUACGCCAAGCAAUAGAGUACUUCAAACCCCCACGUUAGCAAUGUUGUUUGCGC